CGUCAGGUUGUUUUGAUUAUCCGGUGGCACGAGCUGUUGCUGUUCCGGUUCCUGGGCUGCUGGAAGCCAUUGAAUUGCCAUUGAACCCUCCACCUCUUUCGAUAGCAAGCAAGCCGUACCAUGUUAUUAUCGCUGUUCCGUUUCCCACGCGUCUCUGUGUUGAGAGCUCCGACCGGGGCCCUUCAGCCUCGGUUCUUCACGACCAGCAGCCCGGUCCUUAAGGCUGCGGCUGCGUCCGCAGGCGCCACGAAGAAGGCUGCUGCACCGAAGAAGAAGGCAGCUGCGAAGAAGACGGGCGCUGCCACGAAGAAGGCUGCUGCGCCUAAGAAGCCGAAGGUGAAGGAGCUCACACGCACGCAGUUGAAGGAGAACGCGAAGCCCAAGAGACCCUUGACCAGCUUUGUGUUGUACUACCAGGAGCACUUCACGCAGCACUACACCGGCUCGGGAGACGUCACGCAGGCGAUCUCCGAAGCCAGCAAGGCCUGGAGAGCCGAGACCGACGCCGUCAAGGAGACGUACAGACAGAAGGCGGCCGAGAAGAGCAAGGACUACAACAAGCUGAAGGAGGAGUGGGAGGCCAAAUACAAGAGACCCUUGUCCGGCUACACCAAGUACAUCAAGAGCACCAUCGACCGCAGCAAGUGCGCCACCAUCCAGGAUGCCUCCGAGCAGAUGAAGCAGUUGGCCGCCAAGUGGAGCACCUUCACCCCGCAGGAGAAGGAGAGCUGGAAGACCAGAGAGUUGUAGUUGGCGUCUGUGUGGUUUAUAUCUAAGCAUCUAUCUAUCUGUUAUCUCUUUAUCUGACCAACACGCUUGCUGAAGCUGAGCCUUGUGCAAACCGCUGAGCUUUCAUUUUCAAUUCAGCUGAGCAUUUGCCCCCUUUCCCCCUCCC